CAGGUGGAAGUUUACAAGUUCACCUCAGCAGUCUGGCAUGUUAAACGAUAAAAACAGAAAAAACUUCUAAUGAGAUGAUAAGAGGAGAAUCACGACUGAAGUGAGGUGAUGUGCAGCAAAAUGACUUUAGUGUCAUUUGAAAUCAUUGAAAGCAAGUGAAGAAACGCAGGACAGACAGUCACCGUAAUCUCACGCUGGGCUCCUUGAGAACCAGUGUGAAACCAGAGCAGAGCCUAGGUGAGACACUGCAGCCGUUCCCACGGCAAUGACCAAUUAAAAGAGAACGUGAUUGAAACCUUCGUCAGGACGUGAGCUUCCCACACCUUAUGUGUUCUGCAUGUGUGUGUGUGUUUCAUUAUAGAUUUAUAUACAGCCGUGGUAAAAAUAAAGACACCAUUCUAAAUAUUAAUUUCAUCAUCAUUUCUAGAUGUAUCGUGCUCAUUUCAGUCCAGUGUUUGCUGAAUUUCAACCAAAUCAAACCUCAGGAGUGACAUAAAGUCAUCCAGCAGACGGACAGCAUGACAAGACACGUGACAACUGAGAUCAGAAUCCAGAUUAUCACAUUUGAGCUUUUUCUAAAUACAUGUAGAAAUAUGACUGUUGUUUUGCUUAAAAGUGAAUGUGAACUGGUUUUCUUUGCCGUAUUUGACGUCUGAAAAACACACAGCAUCUUCUCUGUUAAUUUCACCUGUUUUCAUUUAACAUUAUUUUAUUAAAAACAUUAUUUUUAUUUGAAAUUUGGUAAAGAAAAAUGAAAAUUUUUCCUAAACACCUAGUAAUAGUUCAUUCAGAAAAACUGAUUUUAAAAGAUUUUUUCUGUUGUUGUAUAUCACAUUUGUUUGUUUUUAACGCCGUAUCGGCACUGAAAGCCUAUAUCACACUAAUAAAAACACACCUGUUGACCUAUUCUGCACAAAUUCUUCACAGAUCUUUCUUUCCUUACAAUUGCAUUGUUUUAUAAUGCGUUUGAUAAGCCAAGCAUCCAGAACGCCAGACGAACAUCUGUAGUGUCUCACACUUUGAUAAGAACAGCGUGAGGCGAAGCCGGCGAGAGCGCAGAAAACACACACAGAAGUGUUCUCGGACUCAUUGAGAGAAUAUCAGACGCUCAAACACUUUAAACCAUCAGAGUUUAAAGAGCGUGAAGUGAAACCCAAGAGAGGUGUCGUUCUGUUCUGAUCUCAGAUGCAGUGACAGAAAUCACAUUCUCACUGGACACCUGGAUGUUCAACUAAUGAAAUAGUUCAAGUAGUGUAAACUUAAUUUAUAUUAAAAAAAAUAUUGUACAAGAGUUCCUGUAACUAAUUCUUACUUUUGAGUUAGUUUCACUUAAUUCCAACAAGGUCAUUCAAGACGAUCAUUUGUUGAGAAUGAAUUUCAGUUCCCAGCAUGCUUUGCGUGAGACUGCAUUAGGAGAGUCGGUUUUGAAAUCGAGUGUUAUUUUAUGAGUUUUUAGAAAGGAAAAAGCCUUGUUAAUGAUGAAUGUUCAUUUAUCUUGGAUAUUUAGAAGAGUUUGUUGUAUUUUUGACUUUUGGGGUUACAUGGUGCAGAAGAGGUGCUUGUGCUUAGGUUGUGGGAGGAGCCAGAGCAGUCCAUCACUCUCUCUGUUUGUUAAAUGUUUAGGUUGUUAUACUAAGACCUUUCUUUUAUUUAACUGGAAAUAAAUAAGUUACCUUAAAGGAAUUAACAUGCAUGAGUACAACAAACUCAAAACUUGGUAGUUUUGCUUGCUUAGAUUUGGGAACACCAUAACUCAAAAGAUGUGAUGCAACUGAUUACCUCAAAGUUUUGUUUGAGUUUAGUUUUGUUUUCGGGUUUACUCUGAUAACAACACUGAAGCUGAAACAGCAUUUGCUCCCAAGAGUUGAAGUUGAAGAGUUUCGGGUUGGGUAAUGGGUUUGUCCUGACACAUCUGUUGAGUCACAGUACAUCAGGGAACAACAUGAGCUUUGAAAGGAAAAGCAAAUGUUUGUGUGAAAUGUUCGCCGAGAUGAAAUUGCUUUGACCAAAUGAGAACGUGUCCAGUUGAGCAUCCAGAAAACCUGAUGCAUUUCAUUCUGACGGAGGCACUUCAGUCCACACGUCACCUCUCUCUGUCCCAGCUUUCAUCUUUAUUUACAUCUAUUCAUACACGCUGUCAUUCUCACAUGGUUUAACAUCACUCUUUAGAGUCUCAUCAUCCUGCUUUCUGUUUUAGAUCUCUGAAGAAUGGAUGUGAAUGUGUUUUAUCUGGAGAACGUCAGUAUUAACCACAGCGCGUUCUUCAACGACAGCAGGAACGUCACGCUCUUACCGUAUUAUCAGCAUUCUCUGGCGGUGGCCACUCUCUUUAUUCUGGCGUAUGUUCUCAUCUUCUCGCUGUGCAUGGUGGGAAACAUCCUGGUGUGUUUCAUCGUGCUGAAAAACAGACAAAUGAGAACGGUCACAAACAUCUUCAUACUGAACCUGGCCAUCAGCGACGUGUUAGUGGGCAUCUUCUGUCUCCCCAUCACGCUGGUGGAUAACCUCAUCACAGGUUGGCCGUUCGAUGUGGUGAUCUGUAAGAUGAGCGGUCUGGUUCAGGGGGCUUCGGUCUCUGCGUCAGUCUUCACGCUGGUGGCCAUCGCAGUGGAGAGGUUCCGCUGUAUCGUUUAUCCCUUUCAGCAGAAGUUGACUCAGCGUCAGGCCAUCAUCACCAUCGCCUUCAUCUGGGCUCUGGCCGUGGCCAUCAUGUGUCCCUCGGCGGUCACGCUGACGGUCUCGCUGGACCUCCAGCACGUGACGGUGGACCGGAACGACAUCACUCACCCCCUGUACACCUGCUGGGAGGCGUGGCCUGACCGGAGCAUGAGGAAGAUCUACACCGCCGUCCUCUUCUCGCACAUUUACCUGGCGCCCGUCGCGCUCAUCGUCAUCAUGUACACGCGCGUCGCCGUCAAGCUGGUCCGAUCGCCGGACUCCAUCCGAGACGCCCGCGCGGAGGACGAGAGCCGGCGGGUUCACAGGAGAAAGCUGAAGGUGGUGAACAUGUUGCUGAUGGUGGCUUUGCUCUUCACCGUGUCUUGGCUUCCUCUGUGGAUCGUCAUCAUGUUGACGGAUUACGGGAAUCUGACGGCCGCUCAGCUGGAUCUGGUGGCCGUCCACAUCUUCCCGUUCGCUCACUGGCUGGCCUUCUUCAACAGCAGCGUCAAUCCUAUAGUUUACGGAUACUUCAACGAGAACUUCCGUCGAGGAUUUCAGGCGGCGUUUAAGCUCGGUCUUUGUCUGGCGGAGGUGCCGCCGCAACCCAGACGCAACGGCGCAUGGAAACACAACCGGGUGUUUGCGGACGGGGAGCGGGCGAGCGCGCAGGGUAACGGCAGGAGAGACGGGAGUGAUGAGUUAGUGCUGGAGGAUAUGGACUGAAUCCUUCAUUCGAUGCACAACUACACACAAAAACUUCUGUGAAACACAAAAGAUAUGUUAAAGCACCUUUUUCUGAUAUACCACUAGUCCUCUAAAACUGGAGUGUGUGUUGUUUUUGUCCUUUUUAGAGCGUUUCAAUGUGUUGUAAGCAUGCUAAUCCACUGACUUUGUCUGCUGUACUGGAAAGAUGUUUAAAAAAAGUGAAAUGUCAUGUUAUUUUAUUAUGUUAUCAUGUUUUUAUUUUGUUAGUUCGCUGUAUUUUUCAGUAAUUAUUAUUACUUCAUCAAAACAACCCAACUGCAGUUUUAUUAUUAUAUUGGAAUGCACAAUCAAAAAACACCAUUAAAAAAAAAAAACGGAGUUAUCUGUUUUUGCAAAUGAACUCUUCGACUGUAUAUUUGUACAGCGCUUAUAUGGUUUUCUGUAGUCUAUAGUCUAAUGUUGUCUGAUAUGUAAAUAAGUCAAUGUUCAAUUGCUGUUUGUUCUAUUACAUUUCAUUUUCACAUGUACGGUGUGUUAUAAAAAUCACAUAUGGCACUUUCUUAAAAUUGAUAUUAUGUAUGAAGUCUUGAAAAUGCAUAUUUCUUGUGUCAUUUUUUAAAAUAUAAUUUUUAGUUUGGUGGCUAAAAUUCACAAAAAGUGCUGAGAUGCAGUCCUUCCCUGUGUGACAACAUGCCCCGGCCUCUCACACAUGUAACUCACCUGAAUCACGUGUGUUGACUCUGUGUCACUCCGGAUUGUUUGGUCACCUUGAAAGAACACAAGCAUGAAUUUACUCUCUUGAUCUGCACUGUAUAUGUUAUCAUCUGUUAUUAUCCAUCACAAUAAAACUGCUGAAGCUACAAUCUGAACUGCAAAGA